GCGCGCAGGGGAUCGCUCAGCCUCGGCCGCUUUUAAAGUCCCACUUCCCCGGAGCUCGCCUUUCAUGUCGCUGGUGCAGACUUCUAUGUUCAGACGCAGCCAAUCUCUUCCUCAUGACGCCACCGAGGCUGGGCUCAGAUGGCUUCGAUCAUAAUAUUUAACAGAGCCACGCCGGAUGAACGUUUGGAAGGAGGACGGAGCACAAAUCACGAGCAGGAGCCAAACACCUGCCAGUCCGAUCGGGGCUCCGCGAGACGCGCAGACAGCAACAGCUUUGUCCUGGAGGAAAGCAUCCAAACAUCUUCCAGAUGACCUGAUGGAUAUAUUUUUUUUAAAUAUGUAAUAAUAAUUGGCAUCUAAGGUGACUUUUCUUUACCAGAAAGACGUCUCACUCCGCGCUGGCAGCAACUCAAGGAAGCACGUUUUCUGCGGACUAUUGAUGCUUUUACCGGGACCUGCGCUCCUCUCUUUUUUACUUCUUUUUUUUUUCUGAGUUUAGAUUAUUCGGAUUAAAAAUGUUAUUAGCAAGUGAAGAAUCCGGACAUUUAUGAAUUUUAGAGACUGUCCAAGAUGAUGGAUCAUUCUGUUAGACAUGCUUUUAGGAAAUAAAGGUUGAAAUAUUGCAGAAAAACACUUGUGCAGCUUCAAAAGAUUGUUACAAAGACGGGAAAUAUUAAAGGCACCAUGAUAUUGUUUCGUAAAUUCCGGGUUUUGUUGCUGAUGGUGUUUUUAAUUGCGUGCACCAUGCACAUCAUGAUAGACUUGCUCCCCAAGCUGGAGAAGCGGGCGGCCGGGGCGGACAGCGCGGGCAGCGGCUGUCAGUGUGCUCACCACCCGGGCAGCGAGGCUCAGGGCUGGGGAAAGCAGCGCGGCAGGGCGGCCGACGCGGGCUGGCCUAACAAGCACACACUGCGGAUUCUGCAGGACUUCAGCAACGAGCCCGGAUCCAACCUCACGUCGCACUCCCUGGAAAAGAGCGCAGCCAACGGCGACAAGGAGUCCGGUAGAGGGAGCAGACCGGCGGCGGGGACGGAGGAGCAGCGGAGGAGGACCCUGAUCGGGGAGGCGAGCGGGGCUCGAACCGUGACUGCUCGCGGCGUCUCUAGACUGUCUGCCUUGUUUGAGCAUCCUCUGUACAAGACUGACCUUCCAGCGCUCACGGACGACGACACUUUGUUUAACGUCAACAGUGACAUCAGGCUUUACCCCAAAACAACCGCCAACCAGGGAUGGCAUAACGAGGACGGUAAUGAGGAUGACUCUUCCCCAAUGACAGAGUCAACACCAGAAUCUUAUCCUAACUGGCUCCGCUUCCACAUCGGGAUCAAUCGUUACGAGCUGUACCCCAGACACGGGCAUGUGUUGGACGCUCUUCUUAAGGACCUGGCCACACAGAGAAUCACCAGCGUUGCCAUGAAAUCGGGAGGCACCCAGCUGAAGCUGAUCAUGACUUUUCAGAAUUAUGGGCAGGCACUGUUCAAGCCGAUGAAGCAGACGCGGGAGCAGGAAACACCUCCAGACUUCUUCUACUUCUCUGACUUUGAAAGACACAAUGCAGAGGUUGCUGCAUUUCACCUGGACAGGAUCCUUGACUUUCGGAGAGUGCCCCCAGUGGCGGGACGACUCGUCAACAUGACAAGAGAGAUCAGGGAUGUGACGCGGGAUAAGAAACUGUGGAGGACCUUCUUCAUCUCACCAGCCAAUAACGUCUGCUUCUACGGUGAAUGCUCCUACUACUGCUCCACUGAGCAUGCUCUGUGCGGUAAACCAGACCAGAUUGAAGGCUCGGUUGCAGCUUUUCUACCAGACCUCAACCUGGCGAAGCGCAAGACCUGGAGAAACCCCUGGAGGCGUUCCUACCACAAGCGCAAGAAAGCAGAAUGGGAGGUGGAUCCAGAUUACUGCGAUGAGGUGAAACAGACUCCUCCAUAUGACCGCGGCUCUCGACUGCUGGACGUCAUGGACAUGACCAUCUUUGACUUCCUAAUGGGUAAUAUGGACCGCCACCAUUAUGAAACAUUUGAGAAGUUCGGAAAUGACACGUUCAUCAUUCACCUGGACAACGGAAGGGGGUUUGGAAAACACUCUCAUGAUGAGCUGUCCAUCCUGGUGCCCCUCAGUCAAUGCUGCAGGGUAAAGAGGUCCACCUACCUGCGUCUUCAGCUGCUAGCCAAGGAGGAAUACCAGCUGAGCUCCAUAAUGGAGGAAUCUCUGCUCCGCGAUCGCCUCUCCCCCCUCCUCAUCCAGCCCCACCUGCAAGCCAUGGACCGUAGACUCCAGCUGGUGCUGCAGGUCCUGGCCGGCUGCAUCAAGAAAGAAGGCUAUGCUAAUGUUGUUGAGGAAGACCUGGCCGGAGACAAAGCCAGCCACAGGAGCACGGGCCACAGGUAGUGAGGAACAAAGAAUCCACCCCCUAACUAAUGGACCACAACUGUGGCUCUUAAACUAAUGGGAUUCAAUCAAAAGUCCCACUUUUAAUAUCAAGCUGAAUUCAGUGAAUUCCAAGACUUGCCAUCAUUGCCUCUAUGGAAACAGCUUUUAGGUGUGUUUAAAUAGAAGAAACUAUCCAAAAAUACCACAAGAGACUUUAAAUUGUCAGGUUGGAGAUAUACUCUUGUUUUUAUUUGUAUGAGAAAUAAAGAACCUCAAGUUGUGUGCUGA